CAAUUUUUUUUUCUAUCCGCUAGGGUUUUGAAGCAGAGAGGUUUCGCUUUCGCUUUCGCUUUCGCUUUCGCUCGAUAAUCGCGCCCAUGGCGAAACCAAGCCGUGGCCGUCGUUCUCCAUCCGCCUCCGGGUCCUCAUCUCGUUCCAGCUCCAGAUCUCGUUCCCGCUCCGGUUCGAGUCGGUCCAGGUCUCUUUCUUCGUCAUCUCCUUCCCGUAGCGUCAGCUCAGGGAGUCGCAGCCCUCCUCGUCGCGGAAAAAGUUCUGCUGGGGCUGCUAGGCGAGGUCGCUCUCCUCCUCCUCCAAAAGGAGCCUCUUCACCCUCUAAGAAAGCUAGUACGCCUAUUCAGGAAUCACUUGUUCUCCAUGUUGAUUGUCUUAGCAGGAAUGUGAACGAAGGCCAUCUCAAAGAGAUAUUUGGAAACUUUGGUGAAGUUGUACACGUAGAACUUGCGAUGGAUCGAGCUGUUAAUCUUCCAAAAGGAUAUGCUUAUGUUGAGUUCAAAGCAAGAUCUGAUGCUGAGAAAGCUCAGCUUUCUAUGGAUGGUGGCCAAAUUGAUGGAAACUUUGUUAAAGCAAAGUUCACUCUACCACCGCGUCAGAAAGUACCUCUACCUCCACCUCCUAAGCCUGUUUCUAGUGCACCAAAAGGAGAGGCUCCAAAAUCUGAUAAUGCCAGUGCUGACGUUGAGAAAGAUGGGCCCAAACGCCCAAGAGAGACUUCUCCGCUACGGAAAACAUCACUUUCUCCAAGAAGGCGAUCACCACUGCCUAGGAGAGGCGCAUCACCUAGGAGAUUGCCUGUUUCUUCUCCUCGCCGGAGGCCUAGCUCUCCUAUCCGCCGUCGCGGUGAUACGCCACCUAGACGCAGGGCAGGAUCGCCAUUUAGAGGCCGUUCUCCAUCUUCUCCCCCUCCAAGACGACAAAGAUCUCCUCCAAGGGGCUCCCCUAGAAGAAUCCGUGGCAGUCCUGUUCGAAGACGGUCUCCUCCUCCUCUAAGGCGAAGGUCACCUCCAAGAAGGCUACGCAGUCCCCUCAGAAGAUCUCCUAUCCGCAGACGUAGCCGAUCCCCAAUUCGUAGACCUGUUCGCUCUCGUUCAAAGUCCAUCUCACCCCGCAGGGGAAGAGUUCCAGCUGGGAGACGUGGGAGGUCAUCAUCUUACUCUAGUUCCCCAAGUCCCAGAAGGGUUCCUAGGAAGAUCUCACGGAGCCGCAGUCCUAGGAAGAUUUCAAGGAGCCGCAGUCCGAAGAGGCCACUGAGAGGAAAAAGAAGCAGCAGUAACAGCAGCAGUAGCAGCUCACCGCCUCCUCGCAAAACAUAAUGUAAUAAAUCUCCAUUCAUCAUGUCUCGGCAGAAGUUUCACCAGUAACCAAUUGAGAGUUGUGGCUAUAAUGUUGGAUGUUUCUCCAGUGAUUUGGAUUUCAGUAGUCUUAUUUUAUGAGUUAUGAUGACGACAGACUUUGAUUUUUA